GAGGAGGAGCAGGAGGAGCAGGAGGUGGAUAGCUUUCCGGGAGGGCCUUUUGACACUUCCCUGCUGAUUCACUACCAGGAUCACGUCGCUCGGCGGAUCUGGGAGGGAGAGGAGAGAGAGCCAUUGAAAAUGGUGAACCACUCCAGGAAGAUUUUCGGUCUGUUUAAACCAGCAGCUCAGUGGUUUAACGACCAUGUGCGAGGUUCAGGGCUUUGCGGGCUCUGCAUGACCGGGUACACCACCAUCAGCACCGGCAUGCAGGGGGCAUUUGUGGAGCGCUGGCACAAGGAGACGUCUUCUUUCCACUUGCCGGUGGGGGAGUUGACGAUCACCUUGCAUGACGUCCAGUGUCUUCUCCACCUGCCUAUUAGGGGGCCGCUGUUGGACCACUCCAGGAUCCAGAGGGUCGAGGCCAUUGAGUGGAUGAUGCACUAUUUGGGCCUGCCGCACGAGGUUGCUCACCUGGAGUGCGUCUCGACUUCUGGGCCUCAUGUCCGGUUCAACACACUGAGCCUCUAUUUUGAGUUCCACCUGGACGCGGCGGCCGAGGCCGAGCAGGAGGGUAACGACCUAUUCAGGGAGUACCACCGCGGCUGCGCUCUCCGGUGCUGGUACAUGCAUGUGGUAGGCGCUGCAUGCUUUGUGGACAAGAGUGCCAGGUACGUCGACGUGGCCUACCUCCGCUAUUUCAUGGACCUGGAUACCGUUCACCAGUGGAACUGGGGGGCAGCUACUCUGGCAUAUCUCUACCAGAAGCUGAAUGAGGCCUCCAACUGGAGGACGAGGCAGCUGGUCGGAUCCUGCACUCUGCUUACGAGCUGGAUCAUCUCCUACUUCUCCCGCAUCCACGGCUUCCACAUCGAUCCUGCGUACGUUGACGCCAUGCCCAGGGCCGCCAGAUACGCCCUCCAGAGGGGGAACGAUGCGGUGGGACCAUACCGCCUGUACCUGGACCGCACGAUGCACGACGACGUCACUUGGAGGCCGUUCGCUGACUAUGCUCAGGUGAUUGGGGAUAGAGGUAUCAACCUUAUUGAAAUAUUUCCUCAGAUCUUUACACCUCAUUGUCUCUUGCAUUGUAAUUGUGCAAUUUUAAUCUCCAUUACUUUUCUUGUGUAA